AUGGGUCUAUCGCUCUCCCGCGUGUACUCUUCGCUCUCUUCCCUCGCUUUUUGGGGAAAGGACAAGGAAGUCAGGAUAUUGAUGGUGGGGCUGGAUUCGGCAGGCAAGACGACGAUCCUGUAUCGGUUGCAAAUUGGAGAGGUCGUUUCCACCAUCCCAACUAUCGGAUUCAAUGUUGAAACGGUUUCCUAUAAGAAUAUCAAUUUCCAAGUAUGGGACCUUGGAGGGCAAUCCAGCAUCAGACCGUACUGGAGAUGCUACUAUGCCAACACCCAGGCAAUCAUCUACGUGAUCGACUCGUCCGACGCCUCUCGUCUCCCCACCUCCCGCUCCGAACUCUUGACCAUGCUUUCGGAAGAUGAGCUCAAAUCCGUGCCCGUGCUCGUCUUUGCCAACAAACAGGAUGUAGAAGGGGCGUUGAGUCCAGGAGACAUUAGUGACAAGUUGGGAUUGGCGGGGCAGGAGAAGGGUCGGGAAUGGAGUGUCAGGGGAAGUUGUGCGGUCAAGGGUGAUGGGUUGGAGGAGGGGUUGGAUUGGUCAGUGUUAUCACUCGUUCACAGGUUUUACUUGCUCAUCUUGUUCUAG